AUGGGCUUCUUUCGUCGAUCACUUAGCUUUGGCUCCUCGCGUUCGCGCCCACCAACCGACGACUCGGCAUCCGAUACCGCUAGCUCGAGGACGAGCAUAGAUUCUGCUUUUGACAAUGAAAUAUCAGAUUCUCUGGCUACCAUCACCAAACUACCGCAAAAGGCACCUAUUCUCACCCUUCCGGUCGAACUAAUCCAGCAAGUCAGCACUUAUCUCGACACUGCCUCUGCAGCAUCCUUUUGCCUCUCCAGUCGCUUUAUCUAUUACGCUCUCGGCACCAACGUACUAUCGGCUCACGUCGAAGGGAGCAAGAACCGAUUCGAGAAGCGACGAAUCAUCGAGGCCGUUGUUGAACGAGCAUUUCCCGGCCAUUGGUUCUGCGGCUGGUGUGAUAAAUUCCACUCAUGGAGCGCAAACGACGGACCAAAGACUCCAGCCCGAGGAAGACGACGAGACUGCGCCGACUUCAACAGCUACCUUUACUCUGGCAGUGACUACACUCUCCGCUACCACCACGUCCGACUUGCUAUCAACGCCUCCCUCCUCGGACCCGAACACGGCAUCCCACUCUCAGCCUUUACACACGAGCAGCGAGGUAUGGCCAAGAUUUCCAGAACCCCCGUCCCCACCAAACUCCAAAUCUCGGCAAAAAUAUCCAGAGGUCGUUUCCUGCUCCACUCCUCCUUUGCCAUUAUCCUGCCUUCGUUUGCAAAGCGCAACCGCAAUCUCCUCAGCACCCUCUGGCCGCUCCUCCCGCACAUCCUCUCGGGCCACCACGACAGCGAAAACGGACACACAGGCCUCAUGGCCGCCAUCGACAAUGUCGUGCGCCGUGACUGGAAGUAUCAAUUCACGCAAAACUGCAGCAUGUGCGCUACCGACUGGGCGGUUAGCGCCCAGGAGUUCCCCCACGCCACAGGCGGUCAGAUGCGCCUCGUUGUCCAGACGUGGCGCGAUCUAGGCACCGCGCGGACGCCCUUUGAAACUAACUGGCGCGCCCAUGGCGUGUGUACUGCCGAGGGCUGGAAGAACAAUGGCGCCGCGGCUGCAACGUGCUUGCUGAGGAUGGCGUCGUUGCAGCCUGGUGCUAUUCGGCGGGCGUUUGAGAGCGAGGAGGCGAAUGACGAGGCGGGUAGUAGUGGCAGUGGUAGCGGUGGCAAGGUUGCGCAGAAGAGUUCAUCCGGAGCACGGAUUUAUCGCUCUUUUAUGAGGAAGAAUACGGUCGAGGAAGAGGAUGAUGACGAUGUGGGUGUCGUUCGACGGUCGAGUGCGAGGCCUAGGUACUGGAGGACGGCCGAGGAGAAUGCAGAGGCCGCACGCAGGUAUGAUGAGGAGAGGAGGGAUGCAGUGACGAGUGCGGCUGAGGAUAUGGCUAGAAUGACUGCUCAACGUGGGACGACGUUGGUCUAA